AUGGAAUUAAAGUACUAACUUUGUAUUUGGUGGCAUAGACUUAGUAUCUCAAUUCGUUGACGCUUCCCCUACUUUCCUUAACUUCAACUUCAAACCAUCGCAACCCAGGCAGAUCAAUCGGAGUCUCAGAGAAGGGCCACCCACAACCAUCCGCAUCGCCACCGCAUGGAUAAUCGGAAUGUUGUUGUCUGCGACAAUGGCACUGGGUACGUAAAAUGUGGAUUUGCUGGGGAGAAUUUUCCCACUUCUGUGUUUCCUUGUGUGGUUGGAAGGCCGCUGCUUCGCUAUGAAGAAUCACUCAUCGAACAGGAGUUGAAGGAUAUUGUUGUUGGAGAAAGCUGUGCUGAUUUGCGCCAUCAGCUUGAUAUAACGUAUCCUGUUCAUAAUGGUAUCGUACAAAAUUGGGAUGAUAUGUGUCAUGUGUGGGAUCAUGCAUUUUUCAACGAACUCAAGAUAGAUCCAAAAGAAUGUAAAAUUUUGCUCACAGAUCCACCUCUCAAUCCUUCAAAGAACCGUGAAAAAAUGGUUGAGACCAUGUUUGAGAAGUACAACUUUUCUGGGGUCUUCAUUCAAAUCCAAGCAGUUUUAACUUUGUAUGCUCAAGGUUUACUGACUGGGUUAGUCAUCGACUCUGGUGAUGGUGUCACUCAUGUGGUUCCAGUUGUUGAUGGUUACUCAUUUCCUCAUCUUACAAAAAGAAUGAAUGUAGCUGGGCGACACAUUACUUCCUAUCUUGUUGAUUUACUCUCACGGAGAGGGUAUGCUAUGAAUAGGUCUGCUGAUUUUGAGACUGUUAGGGAAAUUAAGGAGAAGUUAUGCUAUAUAAGUUAUGAUUACAAGAGGGAAUAUCAACUGGGCCUUGAGACCACCAUUCUUGUCAAGAACUACACUCUUCCAGAUGGAAGAGUGAUCAAAGUUGGCACUGAACGUUUUCAAGCUCCUGAAGCGCUCUUUACUCCAGAACUGAUAGAUGUAGAAGGGGAUGGCAUGGCAGAUAUGGUUUUUCGUUGCAUACAAGAAAUGGAUAUUGAUAACCGGAUGAUGCUUUACCAGCAUAUCGUUUUAAGUGGUGGGAGCACAAUGUAUCCAGGAUUACCUAGUCGUUUGGAGAAAGAAAUACUUGACCGCUAUCUCGAAGUCGUCUUGAAGGGAAACAGAGACGGUUUAAAGAAACUGAGACUGCGGAUAGAGGAUCCACCAAGAAGAAAGCACAUGGUGUAUCUGGGAGGUGCAGUCCUAGCAGGAAUAAUGAAGGAUGCACCUGAAUUUUGGAUCAGCAGGGAAGAUUAUCUAGAAGAAGGUCUUGGUUGUCUAAGCAAAUGUGGCCAGGCCUGACUCUUUAGAACUAGUUGCUUUAUGAUUGCUCGUCAGAUCAAUUGAGGAUGAUGAAAAUAUGCUUUGUCUACAAUUUUAUGACAUAGCUUAUGAAGACAAGGUUGAUUAUGACAUCAAAUGGGAAAUUCUUAUACGUUUAUAAUCUUUGUAUGUUCAAAUAUGAUUAUGAAAAUUAUAUUGUUGUCUA